CGGGGCCGGAAGCACGCGGCCGGCGGGCGGGGCGCGGCGCCUCCACUUCCGGCUCGUCGCGUCCCGGUGCGGCCGGCAGUUUGGGAUGUAGAAGAUACACUCCUGUGAUCUCCUGAAGUGGCCUGAUGCACGUGCUGAGUGAGCAAGACAAAGGUCCCUUCAUUGUUCCAAUUCCUGCAUGGAUCUGAGAGGAAGAGGAGCCAUCAACUGGUCCAAAUUUCUGUAGUCUAGAGAGGAUAGAUCACAACUAUUCGUUUUCCAGAAUGUUUUAUGGAUAUGAAGACACAGAUGACAGUGAAGUGUAUGAAGAUGAUCUUUAUCAUGAGGAGUCAUCCAGUGAGCAGAGUGUCGAUAGUGAGGUGGAAUUUCAUCUCUACAGCCAGAUCCACUAUUCCCAAAAUCUUGGUGAAAUCAGCACAGUGGAAGUGAUUGAAGAAGCUGAUGUUGCAGGGGUCGAAGGUCAGAGUUCAGCUCUAACCGAGACGCUGCAUGAAGACAAGGACGUCAUUGAAUUGCCCAACUAUGAUGUUCAGGUUUCCGAUGGCUCUGAGGUCAUUGUCUUGUCUGAUACACCAGAUGAAGAGAGUGUUUACAAAAGCAAGGCAAAGAAGUCAACAAGCUCUCUAGCUCAAGGUAAAGUACACACCCAUCUAGGAUCUUCCAUACCAAAUCAUGCCACAGCUGCUGAAUGUGAUACCCUGUAUCCUGCUGGAUCAGACACAGAAAUCCCAAGGCAAAGGAAAAGUGCUAGGGGAAAGCUUACCUCAGUCAGUUCUGUUGGAACUCAUGCCAUCCAAGAGGUGAUGGUAAUAGAUGAUAGCUCAAAUGAGGAGGAGGACAGCAUGAUAUCUGAAAGUGAUGAUGUCGAGAGUUGGAUGCUUUUGGGAUGCAGUGCAGAUGACAAAGAUGAAGAUAUAAUUUUGAACCUUGAAGGCUGUGGAACUCCAGUCAACGAAGGGGAUGUUGAUGUGGACUGGUCCAUCAGUAAUAAAGACUUAGAGGCACAGAUCUGUAACUAUGGAAGUGUGAGGCGUACAAGUGUGCGGUACUACACAGCUGAGAAAAAUGUUACCUGCAGAAAUUGCAGUAGACCAGGUCAUUUGUCCAAAAACUGUCCUGUUCCAAAGAAAAUUCCGCCUUGUUGCUUAUGUGCAGAAAGAGGUCAUCUACAAAACGCUUGCCCAGCACGGUUUUGUUUGAACUGCUGUCUGCCUGGCCACUAUUUUAGGGAAUGUCUUGAGAGAGCCUAUUGGAAUAAGCACUGCAGUCGCUGUGAUAUGAAGGGGCAUUAUGCUGAUGCUUGCCCAGAAAUAUGGAGGCAGUAUCACCUAACAACAAAACCAGGACCAAUCAAGGCAGCCAGUUCUCACUUUGAGCAGUCGGCUGUAGCGUACUGCUACAACUGUUCCCGGAAAGGACAUUUUGGAUAUGAGUGCUUAGAAAAGCGGAUGCAUGGAAGCAUGUUCCCCUCUUCUCCGUUCAUCCACUACUAUGAUGAUGAGUGCGAUCUCAAGAGGAGAGCAAACAGAUUAAAAAGAAAGAUUGCAGAACUACAAGAAGCUGGCCUUCUGCCACUACAGUCAGAGAUACCAUGGCAGGAAGAAAAACAUGGGGGAUACAUCCAUAAGAAAAAGAAGAAGCCUUGUAAAGAACAUGGUAAACAUAACAAAGAUUAUGAGUAUCACAGAAAGACAAGGAAGUCCCAGGCAGACAAACCCAGAGCAAAGAAACACAGAAGUGAUGUUGAUAGGGGCCACAAGAUGGAGGAAGACUUCCCUAGGGGGUAUGAAAAGCAGACAUCUAAGGGCAGCAAAAAACAUCACAAGUCCAUUUUCCAAGCACGUGGCAGCAAGACAGAGUAUGCUCGGGAGUUUCUAGAAGCUGCUAAAAGGAAGAAGAAAAGGAAAAAACAGAAAGAUGCUGGUCCUGAUAUCGAUGAGAAUUUAUUCCUCAUAAAACAGAGGAGGAAAAAGUCUAAACAGAAAUCCUUCUGCUGAUGAGGAAGUAGAUGGGCAGCACUGCUGUUUACUAGCUCUGGCUCUGCCUGAUGUUUAUUUUUGUCCCUCUUUACACACCAAAUUAAAAUAUGUCUCUGAAUCUGGGUGGGCAUGCCCAUGUACAAGUCACACAAGAAGCAUCCAUCUCUGUUCCCAAAAGGGAUGCUUUGUCUGUUGUGAACUGUUCACUUGAUAGGGAGUUUUUAAUGCUCGUGUCUGGAAUGACUCACUUUUCAGCAAUCCCAGGGUAGGCUGUAAAUUCAUUUUGUUUGCUUCUAAUGGGAGGGAGUGGGAAGGAGGGAGGGUGCUCGUGCAGGGUUUGGUAGGCUUUGUUUCUUCACUGGUGAGAUGUUGCUUUACCUGUCAGAGCAGGAUCUGCUUCUCAGCAGUGCAGUCCCUCAGACCUGAUGCUGCAGAGAGGCUUUCACAUUAGGGGGAGUCAGUGCAGACACAGGGGGAUACGGAUGUUCUCCUCAGUCACUCAGUCCUCUCCAAUGCACAGCUGAGUGCAUUCUCAGUACUCCCUUCUGUGCCUCCUGGAAGGUGCUGUGAAAUUAUAGCCUCGCACUUUGGGACAUGCCAGUCUCCACCUCACUCUGCAGUGUGAUGCCAUAGGUCUAUCACCAUCAGUGCCACAGAACUGGGUGCUGAGCACAGGUGAGGUCUGAGUGAGCUGUCAUUGCUGACUAGUCAGCACAGCACGAGAAAGCAGCUGAGAAAAUGGAACGGAAUUUACAUCUCAAAUAUGUCCUUGCUCCCCUUGGUGUGGAAGUUGUUUCUGCAGAAAUGAGAGCAGAGCAUUAAAAGUGUAUUUGAUUCCAGACUUAAAUGAGCUAAAAUUUAGUAAUUUAAAUUUUUUAAGACAGUUAUUUUUGUACUCUGGAGUUGAACAGUUAUGUUGUUAAAAGCUUUCUAACAGUAAAUGUUUGAUCAAAUGAAUAAUCCAAAUAAAACUUUACAUGAGGGAUACCCAAUAAA